UUAGCCCCCACCAGUAUAUAUUUAUUCAACUUCCAGUUUUUCUUAAAAAUUCAAAACAAAUUUACUAUUCCCCAUUUUCUUUUCCUUUCAGAUUCAGCACAGCUUCAGGUUCAGCCCAUCUUCUAAAAAAAUCCCCAUUUAUUGCCAAUAUUUGUCCAAUAACCGGAUUAACCCCAAUUCAAAGAAGAAUGAUUAUUGAAAGAGUUUGUAAAUUAAAAACUCUAGAUUUACACAUAUUUUGUUCUUCAACAUACAAAAAUGUUUUUGAAAAAUAUCCAAAAUUAAUUUCUUAUUUUUGUUUAAAUACUUCAAUUAAAAGAAAAAAAUCAGAAAAAGAUUUUAUUUUAAAAGAAGGGGAAAAAGAAAAUAAAAAGGAGAAAAAUGGAAAAGAAAUUUGUAGACGCUUAUCUUCUAUUGGAAUUUUUAGAAUGCUUGUUAGAAGAUUUUUCAAUGUUUUACAACUUGUUUUGAUUUUACUAGAAGAGGGGCAAUCUUCAAUUAUUGAACAAAUUUUACUUGAAUUUGGAGGAAUGCAUGCUAAUAAUAAUAGAGGAAAUGGAUAUGAAAGAGAAGAGGAGGAGGAGGAAGAAAUAAAAGAAGAUAUAUCACUAAUACCUCAAGAAUAUUGGGAAAUACUUUUACAAUCACUUUUAAAUUUAACAAAUAAAGAAGAAAAUAUUUAUGUAAAAACUCAAAACGGCCAACAUCUUUUUGAUGUUUCAACAUCCAAUUAUAGCAAAAGAAGUGUUGAAGCUUGGACUUUAUUUUGUAUUUUUAUUGUCUCAAAAAUUCGAUUUGGAUUUGUAAUGGAAUGCUUUUUACAUUCAAACUUUAAAAAUAAAAGAAAAAAUGUUCAACAAGAAUUUAAUAAAAAUAAUACAAAAAAUACUCAACAAAUAAUUUACGAUUUUAGAAGAAAUUCUAUUUCAAGUGAAAAUACUUUAUUUUAUAAAGAAAAUAUUAAAUAA